ACAGAGGCAGUCACAUCACUUCCUUUGCCACUGUAGGUGCUAAAAGGCAGGAUAGGCUCUUCACCAGCCAAUCAGCUUCCAGAGAGACAAAGAGACGACCUCGCCAGCUCAGCUACCAGACAUGGCUCAGUGGGGUGAUGCCAAGCUCUUCCUCUGCAUCCUCUUUUUCACCUGCUGCACAGUGACAUUGGCGCAGAUGCCCAUGGACUGCUGCUUGGCGGUCAAAAACAAGACCAUUGACAAAUAUGCUAUUGCAGACUACGGCCGGCAGAUCAACGGGCAGGGCUGCUCUCUUGAUGCCACGAUUUUGGUGACCAGACGUGACAAAAAGCUCUGCGUGCCUGCUGACGAGCUCUGGGUCCAUGAGGUGGUGAGGCAUGUGGACUCCCUGAAGAGGCACUGCAAGAAAAACAAGUACAAGGGCAGACGCUGCUUCGGACUGAGGCAGGAGUAAACUGUGAGCGACCUGUGACCCCUUCAGCAACAACUGCGAGUCAAGGAGGAGAAGGGGUGGCUCAAACUGAUGCAUGAAUAAAUAGAUACAGAGGAUAAUCACAUGAUGAUCCCUCCUAAUAUUAAAGAGCCAUUUCUCUAUUUGGACAUUUUAUUUUGUAAAAUGAUGUUCAUGUUGCAAUAAAAAUAAAACAUUCUGAAGGAUCUUAAUAUUGCUUAUGGUAUUUCUAUUUUAGGGCACCUAUGAUCGUGGAAGAAAUAUCAAUGUUGAAAAUGUGAAUAUUUGUAAGAGUGUGCAGCUCAUUAAGCUAACUCUGAACCACUGAACUAUUCAGGCAGCACCAGUUUAAUGUAUGGAUUUAUUUGAUUGUUGACCUUUCUCAAAAUAAAGCCUUGCUGAGCUCAUCUGUCA